AUGGCGGCGGUGAUGGCGGCGCCCGUGGCCGCGCUCCGGGCCUGGUCGGAGGCGGUGGCGCGGGCGGAGACGGCGGCGCGGGAGGCUCUGGCAGCCACGGCCCCGCUGUUGGACUCGCUGGCCGCGCUGGCGGCGCAGAUGCGGGCGGCGCAGCGGCUGCCAUGGGACGCGACGGCGCUGGGCGCCUUCCCGGAGCUGCGGGCGCGGCUGUGGCGGAAGCAGCGCGGCGCGGCCGAGGCGCUGCUGGAGCAGCUCGGCCAGCGGCGGGAGGAGCUGCGGGCCGUGCGGGACGCCGUGGGGGCCGCGGGCAGCGCCGUGCUGCGGCUCGUGGAGGAGCAGGGCCCGACCGAGCUGGGGCUGGCCGCGGUUCUGAGGCGGGGGCCGCGCUGCCCCUCGCUGGCCGAUGUGCUGGAGGGGCUGCAGGACGUGGAACGCUACUACCGGCACCUGUACUUGGAGAUCAAACUGCUCCUGCAGCGCCUCAGCUUAGACAGCCUGGCAGACGUGGAAGCCCUGCCGCAGUGCUGGGAGAGGAUUUUGGAGCGUUACAAAGAAGAUGAUGUUGUUCAAGAUACACUCCUGAAGGUCUCACUGUUUGUGGAGAACCAUCAUGAGGUGAGCUGCUCACCUGGCUCCUGACAGGCAGCAGGGAUUGGCACUGCCCAGCUUCUGGAACAUUCUGCAAUGCUGCAAAGGGGAUGAGGAACAGAGGGAGCUCUCCUGGUGCUUUUUGGAAGCUGAAUGAGUUGAGUCUUGAUCUCAGCAUGAAAUGCUUGAACUAUGCCAUUUUCAAGUGGAAAUGGCCUUGGUCUCUGAAGAAGAGGCUGAGCCAAAAAAGCCAUGAAGAUAGAAGGGAGUCACCUCCAGCUGUGGAACUUGUCCUUUCCUCCUUCUGCCAUGCCUGUUUUGUGUCAUGGCAAAAAUGUUCAGACUUACAUGAGGUGCUGCAGGUGUGUGAGUGUAAUAGAGUCCUUUAGGCUGCAGCCAUGAAAGAUAUUUGUCUUUACAAAUAAAGAAAACAUGUCAGAUUUAGAGUUUAGAAACAGUGCUCACCUCGUGUCUUUGAGCAGUGUGUUUGCACUCAUCCUACCUGGGCAUGGAGGAGGAAGGAAGCAAAUCUGAAUUCACUCUUAAAAUUUCACUGUCUGGUAGCCACUGCUGACAGUUCAGGGACAGAUUUUGGUGGCCAUGGCACUGAUCCUCUGAAGGUUCCCAGGAAUCUGUGGGAUGUUUGUCUCCCAGCUGUGUAUUUGGUGAGGAGCUGCAGGGUGACAUUUUCUGGGUCCCCCGUGGCAGGAAAGAAUGAAUCUGAUUCCAUGUUCUUAGAAGGUUAUGUUAUUAUAUUAUAUUAUAUUAUAUUAUAUUAUAUUAUAUUAUAUUAUAUUAUAUUAUAUUAUAUUAUAUUAUAUUAUAUUAUAUUAAUACUAAAGAAUAGAGAAAGGAUACAGACAGAAGGCUUAACAAGAUAUUAAUUAAAAACCUGUGACUCGCUAGAGUCUCAACACAGCUAGACUGUGAUUGGUCAUUAAGGAAAAACCAAUUCACAUGUUGAAUAAACAAUCUCUAACCACAUUCCAAAGCAGCAAAACACAAGAGAAACAAAUGAAAUUAUAUUGUUUUCCUUUUCCUCUGAGGCUUCUCAGCUUCCCAGGAGAAAAAAAUCCUGGCAAAGAGACUUUUAAAAAUGUAAUAAUAACACUGCAGCUUCUUGGAGAAAGCCAAUAAAGAAUUGCAUGGGGCAGGUUGUGGGUGUGAUAUUUGUGCUCAGGUUUCUGUGUCCCCAACCUGGGAUGUCUCUGUGGCCACCUGAGGGCACUGCAUGACCCAUGAGCACUGAGGAGAGCAGAUCAGGGUGCUGGGGGUGCCAAGGGUGGGAAAGGGCUGGGGCUGCCAGUGCUCCCAUCAGGAACAGGGGAUCAUGAGUUCUAGCUGCAGUUCUUCACACAGAGUUAUAAUUGCAAAGAAAACCUGUUCCUGGUGCUGGGUGCCCUGCCUGUGGCUUGAGCAUGAUUCCUUCACCCAGGGUUUUCUGGGAAGCUGAUAAGCCUCAGAGAAAUUAAGAACAAUUCUUAUCUCAUUUGCUUCUCCUGUGUUGUGCUCAUUUGUAGAAUGUGUUUGGAGAUUGUUUACCCACAGGUGAUUGUUCCAUUGUGUUCUGCUGUGAGUUGUUUUGACUCUUUGGCCAAUUGGUGCCAAGCUGUGUUGGGACUCUGGAAAGAGUCUCAAGUUUUCAUUAUUAUCUUUUUAGCAUUCAGUAUCUUUUCUGUUUUUAGUAUAGUAUUCUUUAAUAUAAUACAGUAUAAUAAAGUAAUAAAUUAGCCUUCUGACAACAUGGAGUCAGAUGCAUCAUUCUUCCCUGCCACAGGGCUCACUGUGAUUUACAAUCCCCUGCCCAGGGUGGAGGUGAGGUGGGUUCUGCUCCUGGUGGAGGCUCACGUGCCUGUGCAGCCUUGUCUCCUUACACAGGGUUUGGAGCAUGUCUGAUGGCUCAGGGUGAAUCAAGGGUGUCAUCCUCACAAACCAGAUGGUGAGCUUGGAUGCAGAAUUAUCUUUGCAUGUGUACAAGCCUUCAACACCCUCUCCUGUCAGCCUCUCUUCAGGACAGCUGCCAGUGAACAAAUGGAUUUAAAUUCAGGGAGAUGUUCAGCACAGUUCAGUGGUGGCCCUUCUGCUUCUCCCAGAUGUUUGGCCCCUGAUGUCUUUGUGCUAACAAAGUGCUGAGGGAGCUUUCUGCAUUGAAAGUGGCCGUGCCCUGACUCUGACUGACUGAAAUGGGGUGAGUGAGGUGCUCAUUGAAGUUCUGGUGUGAUUAAUUGCUCUGUGCUGUUCCUGCUUCCUGGGCUGUGUCACCAGCUGCAUUUGCCUGCAGCUCUGUGGGGUGUGAGUGAAUUUCUGCAUCAGAGCACUUUAAUUGGGAUCAGCUGUGGGUUGUUCCACUGCAGAUGUGCAUUUUCUGCCAGGAUGGCUGCCAGAGACCCCAGAGCUGAGGAGGACAUGGUUCCUUGUGUGUGCAGAGCUCCCUUCAGCCUGGGAGCCAGGGUGGGCAUUCAGCCUGUCAGUGCCACACGUGUCCUCAGGCAGGUGCAAAGGCCACUCCUUGCCAUCACCCUGCCUGUCAGGGUGAUGCUUUUUCCUUGAUCCUAAAAUUAAGAGCCAGACACAGUUAAGGGAUAAAGGGUUUUUAUCUUGGUAUUUAUUAAUGAUCCUUACAGUGCAACACUUCAUCAAGGUGGAGAAUGCUGAAAUGUACACCUGAGAGAUUGUGUAUACAAUUGUAUAGAUCUUACAAAUUAGUAUAUCUAAUAAAAAUGCUUCAAUGAGAGGCUUGAAUCAACAGUGUGACAUUUUCUCAGCUCAAAGUAUUCCCUUUUGGAUGGGCUUAAUCUUAGUUUAUAAGAUAUAUUUUAGAUGGGACCUUGGAUUUUCAAGGAUAGUGUAGGGUUUUCCAACUUUCACCUACAAGGCCUUUAGGAUGUUUGAUCUUCUAGCCUGACAGAAUACCAGGACUAUAUUAAGUUUACCAGGACUAUAUUAAAUUAUCAGACUUAAAGAAUUACAAGUAUGUAUUCUAAGAGCACUGAGAAUACAUAAAAAAAUAUAGGAAAGAUCUAUAAAAGAUAUAUAAAAGGCAAAAAUUCAUCAUGGCAUCAUUCAGCCUGUGCUGUGUCUUAGUGAGGCUAUGGGUAAUGCAGCACUAAGGGCUCUGAGACCCACUGGUAAAAUAUAUGUAACCAUAAAAAUAAAUCCAAGUACCUUU